UAUUCUGUGUGUCACUCUCAUAUAUCUCAGAGGCCGCAGCCACCAUCCACCGCCACACCAUCGCCGGCGACACACACAAAAAACAAAUACGUUUCCUGUAUCUCCCCAACUGCCUGGAUUCACGACCGUGAACUACAAAAUGACUUCUCCUCUCAGAAAGUUUUUGCUUAAAAAUUCUUCUAAUAAUGUUCUUGCCCGGUAUGAAACAAGGAGAGCCAAAUCCGACUCUAACACGAAAAUGCAAAUAAUGAUUAAAUCUUUCGAGUCAAUUGACAAAAACCUUCACUGGGAAUUACCACCCGGCACACGUAAGAUCGGAUUGCCUACAACACGAUCAUUAUUCACUGUGUUGAAGUCACCUCAUGUUCAUAAAAAGGCAAGAGAACAGUUUCAUAUGAUAAUCAACAAAGAGAUGUUGGUUAUGGAUACCAAAAGGCAUGAACUGCGCAAGAAAUUAUUCUGGUUAAAACGCCAAAGGAUAUUUGGAGCUCAAUUUGAAAUCUUGUUUUCUUUCAAGACACGAUUGGAUAAAGAAAAACUUCAGAAAGUUCUUCUUGAGCCUGGAUCAAAGGAUGUAUCUAAAGACAACAAAGUUGAAGAACAUCAUGUGAUAGCCGCCCUUAAUUCCUUGGCACAUGAAGGUUUUUACUCUGAGGCUAUGGAUGCUUCGUUAAGCUCAAUUGAGUCUUCUCUUUUGGAAAACAAUACUGGAUCAUUUCCUCAUGGCUUUGCCUUAAUGGUUCCCUCUAUUCCUAAGCCAGUUCUGAGAGCUAGAGUAGAAAUGGAAGGAUCAAAAGCUUUACCCACUCAAUUGAUAGAAAAACUCAUUUUGAAUAAUCCACAUCGUUCGACUGCUGAAGUUCAGUUUAAUCAGCCUGAUCCAGAGAAGGCUUUUGAACGUGAAUCAGUAGAGAGAUAUAAUUUAGAAAAACUGAAAGCAAGUAUGACCGGGGAAGAUCUUGCUGCAUUAGCUCGUGUGACAUGUGAUCUACAACUUAACCCUCCAAAAGUUCUAAAAGCGGUUCCAAACUUCUUUUCGCAAAACAUUCGCAAAAAACAUAUUCAAGUUCCAAUCGAGGUUGCAGAUAUUAAUGGGGCAAAAGUAUUGCAGCAUGAUCUCCCAACGAAUGAUGUUCUGUAUGCAGAUCUAGCAUUUGAUUCGACUUCACUGAAGUCUGAGCUUCUUCCCCUGCUUCCACUUUUCUGUCGGUCAUUACUUGAAAUGGGUACAAAAGAAUUGAACUUCGUACAACUUAAAAAGUUGAUCGGAGAGAAGACGGGGGGAAUAUCAGUGUACCCUUUCACAUCAUCAAAGAAAGGUUCAAAGGAUCCUGUGAGCCAUAUGAUGAUUAGAUGCAAAGCGAUGUCUGCAAACACUGAAGAUCUAUUGAACUUGAUAGUUUGUAUUCUCAAAGAAACUGAGUUUACAAAUCAAAAGCGUUUUAAGCGGUUGGUCUCACAAAGCAAAGCUAAAUUAGAGAAUCAAUUAAGGGACGCUGGUCAUGUAUUUGCAGCUACAAGGCUGAAUGCAAAGCUAAACCAUGCAGGAUGUAUUGCCGAACAGAUGGGUGGUAUCAGUUACCUGGAAUUCUUGAAAGAUCUUGAAGGGAGAAUCGAAGAGAGCUGGAGUGAAAUUUCUCUGUCUCUUGAAGAGAUUCGAGAAACCCUGCUCUCAAAGAGAGGUUGCCUUGUAAAUCUCACUUCCGAAGGAAAAAGCCUCAAAAAGGCGGAGACACUUGUUAGAAAAUUUAUUGAUUUGCUUCCAAGUACUUCCCCGGUUACAUCGUCUACUUCACAUGCACUGCUUUCGUCAACAAGUGAAGCAUUUACAAUACCUACUCAGGUUAAUUAUGUUGGAAAAGCAGCUAAUAUUUAUGAAGCUGGUUAUGAACUUAAGGGGUGUGCCUAUGUUAUAUCUAAAUAUUUAAGUAAUACAUGGUUGUGGGAUAACAUUCGGGUUAGUGGUGGGGCGUUCGGAGGCUUGUGUGAUUUCGACACCCGUUCAGGAGUUUUCUCAUUCUUAUCAUAUCGGGACCCUAAUUUAUUGAAGACGCUCGAUGUAUAUGAUGGAACAUCAGCUUUUCUACGUCAACUUGAAAUGGAUGAUGGUACUCUUAAAAAGGCCAUUAUUGGGACUAUUAGUGACCUAGAUUCGUAUCAGCUACCCGAUGCCAAAGGUUAUAACAGUUUAUUGCGGUACUUAUCUGGGGUUUCAGAAGAAGAACGACAAGCAAGACGUGAUGAAAUAUUAUCAACAAGGACAAGUGACUUUAAGGAAUUUGCGGGUGUGAUUGAUUCUAUCAAAGAUAAAGGUGUGAUUGUAGCAGUGACAUCUGAAGCUGGCGUUGAUGCUGCAAACAAGGAACGUUCAAACUUCUUUCAAGUGAAGAAAGCCAUCUAAGAUAUCAGGUGCAUCAAACAAUUUUUUGUAGAUUCAUGUUUCAUAUUUGGCAUGGUGUAUGUCCCCAGCAUUCGGCAAUGAAUGCUCUGGUUUUAGAAAAAUGCAGCCGGAUCUUCCUUUCGUGCAUACGUGGGGUUCAAAUUGGCCUGCCUCACUAAUCUACAGUUUUUGAACUGAUGUAUGUAAACAGUACGAGUGGGAAAUCCAAUACAAUUUAGACUAUAAAGAUGUGAUCAAUUUGCCAGGAGAGGAUGUGAACUUUACUUGAGCGUUAUUUAGAAUAAGCACUUGUUCAGAUUCAUUUGUUGAGCAAAGUUGUAAUUUAAAGGUUCAGCCUAGUGAAUUCAAAGGGUUAGCUAUAGUUCAUGGUAGCUUUUUGGACAACUCCGUGUUUAGUGUUCUGAAUGAUUGUUGUAUUGUUUUGCUUGGUCAAAACCCAAACCGUGUCAAGUUUUUUUUCCA